AUGGGUUGCUGUAUAAAAUCAAAUAAACUAAAUAAGAUAUAAGUCAUCAAAACAUCUAAUGGAGUGAAUAUAUUUACAUCCACAACAGACAUUCAUUAAAUCUACACAUUUGGAAAGAUGAUGGGCUUGGGAGUAUUUGGAAAGGUUAUGAUGGCCAGGAUGAAAUCAAACGAUGAGAAGUUGUUUGCAAUAAAGAUUGUAGAAAAAGCAAAACUUUAAGGAAAAGAAACAUAGCUAUCUAAUGAGAUUUAUGUGCUUUAAAAACUUGAUCAUCCAAAUAUUGUUAAAUUUUACGAGGUUUAUUAAAACAAUAUGAAUUUCUAUAUCUGUAUGGAGUACUGUGGAGGAGGAGAAAUUUUGAAGAGAUUUCCAUAACAUUAGAAUUCAUUAACAGAAAAGCAAUGUUAAAAAAUUGCUCUCAAGGUGCUCUCAGCGAUGGCUUACAUGCACGAAUAGGGCAUAAUCCACAGGGAUAUUAAACCAGAGAACAUUUUGUUUGGCAAAAAAGAUUUGAAUUCUGAACCAAAAAUAAUCGACUUUGGAAUGGCAAUCACUUUGGAUGAAUCACAAUCGAAAACCCGAAUGAAUUGCGUUGGAACUCCCUUGUAUGUAGCCCCAGAAGUGAUCGAUGGAUAUUAUAGUGAUAAAUGUGAUAUUUGGAGUUUUGGAGUGAUGCUCUUUUAUUUACUUUGUGGAUACCCACCUUUUUAUGCUGGUAAUAAAAAGGAUUUAUUUUACAAUAUUUAAAAUCAAGAAUUAAUUUUUGAUAGAAGACAUUGGAAUUUUAUGUCGAAGGAAAUUAAGACUUUCCUAAAACGAAUAUUAUGUAAGAAUCCACUGAUCAGACCAAGUGCUAAAGAUCUCUUAAAAGAUCCUUGGUUUAAUGUGUCUUUAGAUAGCAUCGAUAAACCUAAUUUAAGACCUCCAAGUGAUUAUUUCGAAGAUUGCAGAUCUAUAUAUUAAAUGUUAAAGAACUAUAAAAAUGGAGCCAAGUUUAAGAAGGAAGUAAUGAAAGUGCUCAUAAAUUUGAUGAAUGAAAAGGAGUUGGAACAUUUGAAGAAAGUCUUCUAGAAAAUUGAUGGGGAUAAUUCUGGAACCAUUACAUAUCAAGAAUUAUAAAGAGCAUUUUUGAGUGAAGGCUCUAGAGUGUCAUAGGAAGAAAUUAAAACACUGAUGAUGGCUGUAGGGUUUGAAAACGACGAUGAAACUGAGGAUUGCUCUUCUGCUAAAUCCUAUAAACCUUUAGUAAUAAAAUACAGUGACUUUUUAUUGGCUUGCAUAGAUGAGAGAAAAGUUCUCACCAAAGACAAACUCCUCUCCUUAUUCAAAUACUUUGAUACGUAGAAUAAGAACUUUAUUACUAAAGAAAAUAUAUAAGAGAUUUUAGCCAGACAUGGGAAAUCAUUAACAGACACCAAAAUAAAUUAGAUGAUCUAUGAAAUAGAUCCUAACCACGAUGAGAAGAUUAGCUUUGAUGAGUUUUGCUAAAUGAUGUCUACCAAUGUCCCUGCUUAAUUUAUCGAGUUUAAGGAAGGGAAUAUUGAACAUUAGAUGGUUUCACCAAAUCGAAAAGAAGUAGAACUAAUUUAAUUUGAAUGA